AUGAGCCCCCAGGAGAGUUCUGUCCAGCCUUUCCAAUUCCUCCUGUUGGUGGGGAUUCCUGUGGCCAGUGCUCUCCUUCUACUUCAGUGUCUUCGAUGGCACUGUUGUCAGUGGCUGCCAGGGGCCUGCCUGAAGCCGGAUGACCCAGAGGAGCCAGUGUCCCCAUCCACUCCAUUACCAGAAUAUGAGCUCCCAAGGCAGUGCCCAGCCCCCACACUACCGGAGGUGGCUGCGUUCUACCAGGAACUCCACACGCCUACCCAGGGCCAGACCUUCACUCGCCAGCUGAUGCAUAAGCUCCUGGUGUUUUCUGCUCGAGAGGUGGAUCACCAUGGUGGAUGUCUGAUGCUGCAAGACAUGGGCAUCUCCCUGCUCAUUCCGCCAGGUGCUGUGACUGUGGGUCGCCAGGAGAGGGUGUCCUUGGUUCUGGUGUGGGACCUGACAGAUGCCCCAUCACUGCCUCACAGACAGGGACUAGUGAGUCCUGUGGUGGCCUGUGGGCCUCAUGGGGCCUCUUUCCUGAAGCCUUGCACUCUCACGUUCAAGCACUGCGCCCAGCAGCCCAGUCAAGUCUGUGCCUAUAGCAGCAAUACCUCCUUGCUGGAUGCCAAGGACUGGAAGCCCCUGAGUCGGCCGGGGACUCAUAUCUCCAGGGAUGAGUGUCGUAUCCUGCUCUCUCACUUCAGUCUCUACACCUGUGUUCUGGAGGCACCCCUGGGCCAGACAGCCCGCAAGUGGCUGCAGCUGGCGAUGUUCUGCUCCCCACUGGCACCAGGGCAGACACAUUUGCAGCUGCGCGUCUACUUCCUGAACAAUACCCCCUGCGCCCUGCAGUGGGCCAUCACCAAUGAACAGCCUCACGGAGGACGCAUGCGCGGGCCGUGCCAGCUCUUUGACUUCACCGGGGCCAGAGCAGACCAGUGCCUGAAGCUUAAAUACAUCUCUGAGGGCUGGGAGAACGUGGAUGACAGCAGUAGCCAGCUGGUCCCGCAUCUCCACAUCUGGCACGGAAAAUGCCCCUUCCGUUCUUUCUGCUUCCGGAGAAAGGCAGCCAAUGGGAAUGAAGCGUGCUCGGCAUUAACCAAUGAGAUCAUUGUCACCAUGCACACCUUCCAGGAUGGCUUGGAAACCAAAUACAUGGAGAUCCUCAGGUUCCAGGCAUCAGAGGAGGAGACCUGGGCAGUACCCCCUCCUGUCUCCCAGCCACCCCUGUGCAACAGGCUGCCCCCAGAGCUCUUUGAGCAGCUGCAGAUGUUGUUGGAGCCCAACAGUGUCACUGGGAAUGACUGGCGCAGACUGGCCUCCCACCUGGGGCUCUGUGGCAUGAAAAUCCGGUUCUUGUCCUGCCAGCGCAGCCCCGCCGCGGCCAUUCUGGAAUUGUUCGAGGAACAGAAUGGCAGCUUGCAGGAGCUGCAUUACCUCAUGACCUCCAUGGAGCGGCUGGACUGCGCCUCUGCCAUCCAGAACUACCUGAACCGGACUCCCCUGGGCAGCCCUAUCAGGUUGCACGGAGGGACCUGGGAGAACGAUGGCCCAGAGCUGGAUGAGAAACUCUAA